UGCAGCUUCCCGGCACUGGGUAGCUGGGCUGCGGCGGGGCUCGGAGACGAGGCGUCCCUCCCGGCCCGGGAACGCUGCGACGGGCGCGCCCGCCCCAACCUCCAUGCAGGAAUUCACUGGGUCCCUCUGGCGUCGCGUGGGCCCCCCGCCCAGAGCAACGGCACUCCUCUCUCGGCUCCUGGGCGCCGCGGGGAGGAGGGCGAGGCUCGAAGACCAGCUCCGUGCGGAUCGAGGUGGAGUCCCCGGGCCCAAGGCUGGCGAGGCUCUGUCAGGCGCCCUCUCCUCGGCUUCGACACCGCUGCGGGCCCGCAGGCGGACCCGGGGCCCACAGACUGCUUGGGUGCAUAUUUGCCCUUGGAUCUCCCACCACUAGUAAUCCAGUCUCUCCCUGAGACCCCGGCUUCUGAGGACAAGUGAGGUUACCGCGGAGUGUCCUGCUGCAGGGGGAUACCCAAAGCUUCAUGUUACAAGAGGCCUGGCACAGAGAGUGAGGGAGCUACACUGAAGUCGCACAGCAGGUACCAGCACCCCGGCCUUUAGGCCAGGGUUCUCGUCUGCUCUGGCAAGGUGGAUUGAGUUUUCUGCCUGGCUGUAGCAGUCACCAGGCCUACAGGCCUGUGAUAUGAAAAGACCAAGACAAUGACCUCAGGUCUACGCCGCUGUUAAUAAUUAAAUAUUUUAUUCCUUGGUGUGCACGGGACUUAGAGAAGUGAGUACGUCCAGUCUCUGCCAUUAAGCACCUGCCAGCUUGAGUUAGGCAGACAAGACGAUUAUCUAGAAUGUUUCCUGAGCAGCAGUAUGUGCAGGCUACAGCCAAGUAACUAGGGAUUCAAGGAUGAAAAAGACACGAUCCUUGCCCUGAAGAGCCCUCGCCUCAUCGGGAGACUGCCGCAUCAGUGACAAGCCACACGUGGAGUGACAGGAGUCCUGAUGGGGGAACAGUUCUUGGAGCACAGCCGGCAGCUAUCAGGCUCAGUGGGUUCGAGGACCACCCCUCUCCAUCAAGUGGGUCAGCACAGAGCCAAGCUGAGUUUACACCUUCCCUGGAGAGCCGUGGGCUAGAGGGUUGAUGGCACUUUCCUGUUGGUUCUUGGUUUUCAUCUGUUUCCUACUAACACUACACCUGAGCUCAAACUCCAGCCUGGCUGACUGGGGCCGUGAGCCUCUGCCCUGGUUCCGCCUACCUCCCCAGCAGAGAUGCUCCCGUAUUUGUGCAUGCUUCGCUCAGCCUAGGUGGCCUUCCAUCACCCUCAGUUCUGGCUCUCACCUGAUGCUGAGAGCAGCCUCCUCCCAGAAGCUCCCUCCAACAGAGCCUUCAGAGAAGGACGUUUACCUGAAACCAAGUCAGGUGUAUCUAAACAUUUGCAUUUAGAAGAAGCCAGACUCUCAAACUCUUGUCAAGUUGGGAAACCUGUCCAGUCAUUUUAUGCGUUGCCUCUAUGCAUGGGAGAGUGGAUGAAAGCCCAAGUACCCCCUUUAACUUAAAGGGAAUUCAAAGCAUUUGUACCUCAAAAUGUAUGUCACUUGGAACAUUAUCACCCAGAGCACCACAUUUUAGGAGUUUCUGUUCCAGAACUGCAGUUACCAGCUUGGAAAAAUACAGUGUUGUGUCUAAAGCAAGACCUUUCUGAAGAAGUGGAGUUACAAGGAAAUUCGUAAGGCUGGAGAACUUUGCUGCUGGUCAUUCUCCUUGGCCCUUGCCGGCUUCCAGUGGUCCUUCCUCUCUCCUGGGGACAAGAAGGAUGGAAAAGCCCACAGGCAAAAAAAUGAAGGCACAGACCCCAGAGGAAGAAGUACGUGUGCAGAAGGACUCUCCCAAGGAAGAUAAAGCGUCUAGGAAAAAGAAGCCAAACCAGAGAUCCACUUUGGCCAAAAAGCACAGUAAGGAACCCAGCCUGAGUCGUGAGGACGAGGAACACAUGUUUGAGGCCUUCAGUGCUUCGUUUAAAGAUGACUUUGAGGGGGUUCCUGUGUUCACUCCCUUCCAGAGGAAGAAGCCCUACGAAUGCAGCGAAUGUGGGCGCGUCUUUAAGCACAAGACGGAUCACGUUCGCCACCAGAGAGUCCACACUGGAGAGAAGCCGUUCCAGUGUGCCCAGUGCGGGAAGACAUUCAGGCACAGCUCCGACGUGACCAAGCACCGGAGGAUUCACACCGGAGAAAAGCCCUUUAAAUGCAGUGAGUGCGGCAAAGCCUUUAACUGCGGUUCGAAUCUCCUAAAACAUCAGAAAACCCACACUGGAGAGAAGCCGUACGAAUGUAAGGAAUGUGGGAAAACCUUUGCCUACAGCUCAUGUCUUAUUCGCCAUCGGAAACGUCACCCACGGAAGAAGCACUGAGCGUGUGAGGCCUGCGGCAAGAGCUUCCAGUACAACUCGCUGCUGCUGAAGCACCAGCGCAUCCACACGGGCGAGAAGCCGUACGCCUGCCCCGAGUGCGGCAAGCGCUUCCGCGGCUGGUCGGGCUUCGUCCAGCACCGCCGCAUCCACACGGGCGAGAAGCCCUACGAGUGCGGCCAGUGCGGCCGCGCCUUCAGCCACAGCUCGCACUUCACGCAGCACCUGCGCAUCCACAACGGCGAGAAGCCGUACGAGUGCGGCGAGUGCGGCCAGGCCUUCAGCCAGAGCUCCAACCUGGUGCGCCACCAGCGGCUGCACACGGGCGAGAAGCCGUACGCCUGCAGCCAGUGCGGCAAGGCCUUCAUCUGGAGCUCGGUGCUCAUCGAGCACCAGCGCAUCCACACGGGCGAGAAGCCCUACGAGUGCCCCGACUGCGGCAAGGCCUUCCGCGGCCGCUCGCACUUCUUCCGGCACCUGCGGACCCACACGGGCGAGAAGCCCUUCGCCUGCGGCGCCUGCGGCAAAGCCUUCGGCCAGAGCUCCCAGCUCAUCCAGCACCAGAGGGUGCACUACCGAGAAAAGCCUUACCGAUGCAGCACUUGCGACAGGAGCUUCAAAUGCUAUUCGGAUGUGGUGAAACACCAGAGCAUUCACUCUGGGGAGAAACCCUACGAGUGCAGCGACUGUGGGAAGGCCUUCAUCCACAGCUCCCACGUCGUCAGGCACCAGCGCAUUCAUAAUGGGGAGAAGCCUUACGUUUGUAAGGAGUGUGGGAAAGCCUUCAGCCAGAGCUUCAACCUCAUUAGACACCAGAGAAUCCACACGGGAGAGAAGCCCUAUGAAUGUGCUGAGUGUGGCAGGUCCUUCAGUCAGAGGUCAGACGCCAUUAAGCACCAGAGAAUUCACACUGGUGAGCGGCUGUAUGAAUGCAGCGAGUGCGGGAAAACCUUCAUCCACAGCUCAAACGUCAUCCGGCACCAGAGAAUUCACCACGGAGAGAAUCCUUACGAAUGCAAAGAGUGUGGGAAAGCCUUCAGCCAGAGCUCCAACCUCAUUCAGCACCAGCGGGUCCACACCGGGGAGAAGCCCUACGCCUGCCAGGAGUGUGGGCGCGCCUUCAGCCGCAGCUCCUUCCUCAGCGAGCACCGGCGCAUCCACACUGGGGAGAAGCCCUACGAGUGUGGCGAGUGCGGCCGUGCCUUCAGGGCCCUGUCGGGCUUCUUCCGGCACCAGAGGAUCCACACUGGGGAGAAGCCUUUCCACUGUGCCAGGUGUGGCAGGGCCUUCCGCCUGAGCUUUCAUCUCAUCCAGCACCAGCGAGUUCACGGCACGGAGUGAGCCUGUUGGGGGGUGAACGUGGAGUGGAAAAUUGAGUAAAUAAGAUUGGAGUGUGGGUACAACGCCCUUCACUUUUUGCCCAUGCCCCCAGCUUUGUGUACUUCACCCCACAGGAAGAGGAUAAAACUGUCUUGGUGGUCUCCAAGCCUGCCCGUGGAGGCCUGCAGUUUGUCUACCGCCGCCUGGCCAGGAGCACCAGAAGGGAAAGAGGAGCCUUGGGGAAGGAGACGUGAUGGCAACGUGUGCCUCGGAAGUUAAUUUAUUUCAUUUUCACAGCACUGGGUUUUUCCUGAAGUAUAAUUUACAUACAGUGGAACGCACAGAUCUUAAGUGUUUCGUUUUAUGAGUUUCAACAAGUACAAUGUGCUUUGACCUUUACGCCCACCACACUCUCAAGAUGUAGACUAUUUCCAUCACCCCAGAAAGUCUCCUUAUGCCCCUUCAAGUCAGCCCUUUAUCCUCAGAGGCAACCAGUGAUCUCGUUUCUGUCACUAUAGUUUUGCUUGUUCUAGAACGUUAUAUAAAUAGUGAUAUAAUUUAUACUCUUUUAUGUCUUUUUCCCUUUGCUUAAUGUUUUUUGAGGUUUAUCCAUGUAUCAGUAGGUUUUGGGGGUUUUUUUGUUUUUUUUUCAGUUUCAUAGCUCUUUUGAAAAGUCAAGAAUCACUUUCUACCCUGUAUCAAAGCUAUAUGCUUACGUCUGUGUCUUUCUAUCAAAGUAUGAGCCCCUGUAGCUAGAAUUAUUUUAGCACAGCCCCGGAUACAGGAUGUGCACUCCACAAAAAAAUAAGUACAUGAACUAUGCAGGGGAGUUUAUGAAAGACAGGCAUAGAGGAAAGACCACAGGCUUGGCCGGAAGGAGGAGGUACUGAUUCACUUGUUUUCACGCCAUUUCGGAGUAUACAGAACUCUUCUCAGGCUCAGGAAGGUAGUAUAAGAUAAAGCAAGUUUAAGAUGUUUGUACUUCCAACAGACAUUUCCUAAGCACUUAGCUGUCCAGGCUCUUAUGCCACUGUUGUGGGAAACACAAAGCCACUGUGAUGGCUGCAUUCAAGGACUUUGUAGGUAAAAGUCCAAUAACAGAAGUAUAUAGAGGAAACUAGUGACACAGGAGAGCAGUAAACAAGACUGGGGCAAGGGGAAAACUGGGGUGAACACCCAGGGGAGGGGAUUCCUGAGCAGAUGGAUUAAAUGUUGUGUACAAAGCAAAGGUCAGGGCACACUAGGGGAAUGUGAAGAGCAUAAGAAAUGUGCUCACCCAUAGGACCUUCCAAUUCGUAGCUGGGAGAUUAGACAAAAAGGGUAUGUAAAACAGUGGUCUAGGUAAGCUCACUGCUCAUGAUCUGAUAUUUCAUAUCACAGUACAGUAGUGUUAUAGAUACCUACAAAUGCUAUUUGCCAGAUAGGAAGGGAGAGGUGUCUUUGUUGGGGAUGAUACUCUGUACAUAUCAUAAAACUCUGCUGUAACAAUCUGAGUGAGGUCAUGUUAUUGAAAGUUUACUGUAAUGACUAAGACAAAUAUGAGCAGUCACCUGGCCACAAGUCCUGGGGGUCCAGCUGCAGCACCCAAAUCCGUCCUAGUCAAGCUGUGGUUUGGCGCCACUUCGUGGGAACUGUCUGCUCUACUUUAACUACUGACUGAAUUAUUUGGGUCCUGUAGCUGGCUGGGACUUCCAAAAUAGUAGCUCAGUUCUAGGGCUCUUGUUGGCACCUAUUUCUUUUAUGG